AUGGCCAGCCUUGAGACCGAACCACUUCAGACCAUUCAAUUGGACGGCUUGGUUGUUUUAAAGAUCAUUAAGCACUGCCGAGAAUCUUAUCCUAAUGAUGUCACUGGUCAACUUCUUGGUUUAGAUGACAAGGGUGUUUUGGAAGUGACCAACUGCUUCCCUUUCCCUUCUGACGGUGAUGAAGAUACAAGUGCACAAUAUCAACUUGACAUGAUGCGCUGUCUUCGUGCUGUUAACGUUGACAAUAAUACCGUAGGCUGGUACCGUUCUGCUCAUUUGGGAAGUUUUGUUGACCUUAGUUUAAUCGAGACCCAAUACAACUAUCAAAACUCGCUCAGUGCUCAGUCAGUUGUGCUUAUUCAUGACGUCUCAAAGAGUGCAGCUCAAGGCAAUUUGAGUAUCAGAGCCUUUAGAUUAACAGAUGCCUUUAUGAAAGCAUAUGAAGCCAAAAAGUUCACAACAGAAAGCCUUGCUCAAGCAAAACUAUCCUUUUCAACUAUUUUUGAAGAAUUGCCUGUCCAAAUUCGUAACUCUCACUAUGUUACUUUAAUGCUUCACAACAUCGAAAUGCCCAAGUUAAAUGCGGAUCGUCUUGGAUAUCUGUCAACCUUUACCUCCAGCAAAAAGACUCAAACUGAAUUGGAAGAAGCACGACCCUUGGCACCCAAUUUCGACGUUCUUGAUUUAGAACUGGAUCCCUUCAUGCAAAAGAAUCUCCAAUACUUGUUGGAUUGUGCAGAACUUCAACAACAAGAACAGUAUAACCAUCAAUACUGGAAGAAGGCAGUUGCCCGUGAACAAGGCAAGAUGCAAGCAUGGUUGACAAAGAGAAAACAGGAAAAUGCUGAGCGUAUAGAAAAGGGUCAACAACCUUUACCUGAAGAUGAGGUCAAUACAUUAUUUAAGCUUCCACCUGAACCAAGCCGUUUGGAUUCAAUGAUCUUGAAUGCACAAAUGCAUAACUUUACUAAACAGCUGAAUCAGUUCGCUGGACCCAGUCUUACUAGAUUGUAUAGUAUACAAGAAUUACAAAAAUAA